AUGACCUAUACCAAAGACUUCCAGGAUCAAAGGAUACCGGAUAUUUCAUCAGAAAGCUCUUUUGAAGGAAAAUGCUCUGCUUUCAGAUCGACUUUAUUCCCUCCCCCUCCCACUACUCUAAAACCACAAUGGGUAGGGUAUAAACAAUCCAAGAAAUGGGAAUGGCCCAAUCUCUCUCAAAUCGAAUUAAGUAAUGCCUGCUCAGCUAAGAUACAAGGAAAGACCCCUGGUCCAGAUGGGAUCACUCAAGAAAUCAUUACAAAGGCCUACAAAGCAAUCCCACAGAUCUUUUUUACUCUUUUCAGCAAACUCCUCAAUCUCGGAUAUCACCCUAAAUGCUGGAAACAAGCUACUGGAGCUAUUCUAAAGAAAGCCUCAAAACCUGAUUACUCACUUCCAAAAGCAUAUAGAGUGAUUGCACUCUUAAACUGUCUGGGAAAAAUUAGUGAAAGGAUUCUAGCUCAACGAUUAGGAUAUUUAGCGGAAACUACCCACCUUCUACACAAGAGUCAAAUAGGAGGCCGCCAAAAGAAAUCAGCAAUCGAUGCUGCACUUCUAUUAACAACAGAAAUCGAAAGAAACAAGCAAGCUAACAAGAAGACCUCAAUAUUAUUUAUGGAUAUAAAGGGAGCAUUCGAUCACGUUUCAAAAAAUCGACUACUGGAUAUCUGCAAGAAGUUAAGACUACCGACGAAUCUCAUCUCCUGGAUAGCUUCAUUUCUUCAACAAAGACAACUAAAACUAUCCUUUAAUAACCAAAUCGAAUCUUUCAAGCCAAUUUCGACCGGAAUACCACAAGGCAGUCCAAUUUCUCCAAUUCUCUUCCUUAUAUACAUUAGGGACCUCUUUUUAUCCAAUUCGAUCAAAUUUCUUUCCUAUAUUGAUGAUAUUGCCCUAAUCACCAAUUCAUCUACAUGGAAAAAGAAUAUCAAAUCUCUAGAGAGAGCUACAAAACAAAUCUACGAACUCAGCUCAAAGAAUGCUAUUCAAUUCGACCUAGCAAAAACAGAGCUAAUGCACUUUUCAUCAUCCAAAUUGACGAAAAACUACCCAAUCAAACUACCCAAUUCGGAAAUAAUUAUACCUCAAUCUCUAAUUAGAUGGUUGGGAAUAUGGUUCGACCCGAGCCUCAAAUUCAAUCAACAUGUUAAUAUUCGAAUCACACAAGCAAAAGGAGCCUUCCAUCGAAUGGCCCGAUUAGCUAAUAUCGAAAAGGGCCUCAGUCCGAAAGCUCUUAGACAGUUAUAUAUAGCAUGUGUGACCAGUAUAGCCGAUUACGCAUCAGUGAUUUGGUGGAGAGGCCAAGCCCAUUUCAAGGAUAUGAUGCAAUCACUUCAAAAUCUAGCUCUUCGAAAGAUAUUAGGAGUAUUCAAAACUGCUCCAAUUCCUCCAAUGGAAGUAGAAGCAGGCUUAAAACCCUCAAAAAUUCGAUUAGACUCGAAUAUUAGGCAAUACGCAUUCCGUUUAGCUAAACUUUCACCAAAUCAUCCAAUCAAUAUCGAAAAAGCAUCACUAAUCCAAUAUCAAGCCAAUUUGGAUGCGAUCUCUACCCCUCGAAGAAAACGAUAUAAACCUACUCAACUGGAUAAAAUCAAAGAAUCGAUAAACCAGGACUUCAACCCUUCCUCACUCGAAAAGAUCAUUCAUUUUAACUUCCCCCCAUGGAAAAGAGAAACCCCCUUCCGAGUUAACAUUAGCAAUUCGUCAAAAGAAGAUGCUGCCAUUCUUCAUAAUAUUGUUUUCAAACAUAGGGAUAAAGAUACCACCUAUAUUUACACUGAUGCCUCCUCCACCGAAAAGGGAAUAGGUAUUGGAGUAGGCAUAGUAGCUAUACAAUCAAAUAAUCGAAUUCUAUAUCAAGAGCGAAGCAAUAUUGGUACUAAUCAAUUAGUAUAUAAUGGAGAGCUUUUUGGAGUUACAAGAGCUAUUGAAUACGCUAGCUCAAUCGCUUAUACUGGUCAAAAGUUCAAAAUCUACUCGGAUAAUCAAGCUGGUUUAUACCGCUUAAAAACUCCUUCAGAUCACCCAGGACAAGCCAAUCAGAUAAGAGCGAUCAAAGCAGCAGAGGUUAUCAGAGCAAAAGGAGCCGAAAUCUCCUUAAAUUGGGUUCCUGGUCAUACCUCAGUUGAAGGAAAUGAGCUAGCAGAUAAGCUAGCCAAGGAAGCAACCACAAUACAACCUACCUCGAACGAAACAAGCUUUGGACUACUAGGUAUGACUGUCAAAGAAUAUGCCUCAGAUCAAUGGCUUGAUACUCUCAAACAAUACGAACUCAGAUCAAACCAAUCCCCAUCAACUUACUCGAAGCUAUUUCCAUGGAAAAUAGGUUCCAAAAUCAAGCUACCAAGCGGAACUACUCGAAAUACUGCUAGCGCAUUCUUUCAACUCAAAUUAGGUCACGGAUAUAUCAAAUCCUACUUACAUCGUUUCAAACUCACCAAUAACAAAUGUAUAUGCAGUAAUAUUGAGGCACCACAACACCUCCUUAUUAGCUGUCCUAUAUAUAAAACAAAAAGAAAAGAGAUCUUUAAGAAGAUACCAUUAUCCAAAAACACUAUACAAUUCCUAUUGCAUACAAAAAUAGGUAUCGAAUUAGCUAUCAAAUUUAUCAAUAUCACUAAAAUCGCUACAAGGGCAUGGCAUCUAGCAAGGACUCUUGAACAAGAAGUAAUAGAGGAAGGAGUAGUAGUGGAAGAGGAGAGAGGAGGGGAGAAUGAAGAAGAAGCAGUUGAGGAAAUAAGAGAGGGGUUUGACCUCACAAUUUCUUGA